UCCCUCCCCCACCUUCCCCUGGAGAGAGACGAGACGCCACCCGCACCGAGCCGAGAGGCGAGAGCUCCUCCUCCUCCUCGCGAUUCCAAUCCGCGCACGCCACCGCCGCCGCCGCCGCGACCAGGAUCAUAGUUGAGAUGGAACACAAGGAGGCUGGCUGCCAGCAGCCCGAGGGACCGAUCCUAUGCAUCAAUAACUGCGGCUUCUUUGGCAGCGCGGCCACCAUGAACAUGUGCUCCAAGUGCCACAAGGAGAUGAUCAUGAAGGAGGAGCAGGCCAAGCUGGCUGCCUCCUCCAUCGAUAGCAUCGUCAAUGGUUGUGAUGGCGGGAAGGAGCAUAUUGUCGCUGGCGGCAGUGGUAGCGCAGCAGUGGCAGUUGCUCAGGUUGAGGCGAAGACACUUAUUGUGCAGCCUGCCGACGUUGCGGGCACCAGCGAGGAAGUUGCUGCAGCUCCCAAGGUCAAGGAAGGGCCGAACCGGUGCGCUACCUGUAGGAAGAGAGUUGGGCUGACGGGAUUCAACUGCCGGUGCGGUAACAUGUAUUGUGCGUUGCACCGCUACUCCGACAAGCAUGAAUGCCAGUUUGACUACCGGACUGCAGCGAGGGAUGCCAUAGCCAAGGCCAAUCCAGUGGUGAAGGCAGAGAAGCUCGACAAGAUCUAAGGCGGCUAGGGGCGUUGAAUGGAUUGCAACCUACAAGAUUUCAACAUCCACUUUUGCUGCUCUAUCCUUGCAAUUCUUGUUGGCUGCUACAUUUCUUAAGUUGUUCAACAUUUGUGAUGCACACUGCAUCAUGGCAGCUGCAAGAAUUCAUCCUCUCAGUCAAGUCAAGUGGUUUGCGUGUUGGGUAUGUUGUGUAAUCUUUAUUCUUGGUGGUUUUCGGUCAGUAUUGUGGUGUCGCAUUUUAGCUAGCUCUGUGAUGUACUAUGUCCCAUGCUUGCUACAUUUCAAUCAGUAAUAGUUAUCAGCAGUGGUCCAUCAUAUUGCCAACAUGUUCCUUAUCCGAUUUUCUUUUUAAGAUUAUUUAUGUAUGCACCUAUAUCUGGUGCACAUUCAAAUUCAUGUAUGUUCAAAGAA